AUGGAAGAAAAUGUCAAGAAUGAAGAUGGAACAACUGCAUCCGAAUCUGACGAACCUCUUGUUGAAGUUGACAGUGAGUUUAAUAAUGAUUCACUUACAAUUGAAAAGAGACUUCGUGUUCAAGACUUUUACCUUCUUCGCGACCGAUUUAAUCGCGCGAUAGUUGAUGUUUCCGAUAUUGCGAAUGAAACUAAACCGACAAGUGAACGAUUAGCGGGUACAUUAAAUAAAGAAGAAUUCAUCGAAUCAUUUCAUUCAGUACUCGAUCUGAAUAUAUAUGGCAAUCAGUUAGAGAAACUAUUUGAAAAACUCAAUUCGAAAGAAUCAGGAUUGAUCAACUGGAAUGACUUCUGUGCAUACAUGCUUCAAUUUUAUCAAGAAGAAGACUAUGCAAAUGCACUUCGAACAUCACCAUUUAAUAGUGAACCCAAAAUUCGACAUAUUCCUCAUAAUAAACUGGAAUUAUCUGCGAAAGUUCUUCAUUUAGACAGUCCUGUGAAGUUUAUCAAUAUAAGUAAAGAGGGUUAUCUGGGCUUAUGGACAACUAAUCUCAACUUAGAAAAGACUUAUUCUGCUGCCGAGGAAAUAGACGAUGCAGCAACAACGAAUAUAGCUGGAAGUGGACAAUCGCGUCGACGUGCGGGAAUGUGGAUUACAGAUGCAGUUUAUAUGCCAGAUGCGCAUAAGCUGGUUCUGGCAUCGACAAGUCGAGAUUUAAGAUUUUUUACGAUUUCAACUGAAAUCUUUCUCGAAGAAUAUGUUUUAUUUGGAGUGAAAAAUGUACCGACUUGUCUGGACUACCAUCCAGUUCGUACGAACAAUAGCACAGAAUCAGCGUUGAUUUUUGGAGAUGACUGUGGUUCGAUUCAUGUUUUAUAUUUUAAGAAACCGAGUAAUUAUCUUUUUGAUCCUGCUCGGAAAAAAACCGAUUUGAAGAAAGCGGACAAAGCGUCAUCACAUAGCGUUCAACGGAUAUUUUGGGAUGAAUUGAAAGACCACGAAAAAUUCGUUCGAUACUAUUGUAUGGGACCGAUACAUGAAGAAUAUGUUCGCAAAAUUCUCUACAUUCCGCACAACGAUUCGAUAAUCGCAUCAAGUGGGGACAGUCGCAACUCGUUAAUUAUAACUACAGUCAAUAAAAUUAAAAAACCAUACAUAUUUCGAUUGUACAAAGGUUGUGAAUGUUUUGAUUACAAUCACCAAUUGAAUAUUCUCAUUACGGGUGGUGCUGAUUAUCGUGUACGAAUUUGGAAUCCAUAUGUUACACAAAAGAAUACAGCUAUGUUAGAGGGACAUCAUGCUGCUGUCAUCGAUGUACGAAUUAAUGAACGUUUAGCACAAUGCUAUACAUUUAGUAAAGACGCCGUGGUCAAAGCUUGGGAUUUGAAAGAAAUGUUUUGUCUUCAAACUAUUUGCGUUCGAUUUCCAAGCACGCUGGGCGGAAAGACACCUAGUUUUGGUCUUUUUCCAAUGGAUCUAUAUUUAAACCGAUCGAAUCUUUUUGCGGAUAGUCUUCCUGGAGGUUUAAUCUUGGCUUGUAAUGAUUACAUAUGCCUAAUGAAAUUAGGGCAGGAUACAUCUAAAGAUCGUAAUCUCGUAGAAACUCAUUCAGCUCCAGUCAGCUGUGCUGUCUACAAUCCUAAACUCAAACAUUUAAUCACCUGUGCAGAUAAUUCAAGUAUUGGCGCAUGGGAUAUUGAAUCUGGUCGAAAAGCUUAUAUGGUUCUUGAUGCACACGACGGCGAAGAAAUUACAAGUAUUGCCAUCGAUCGAGCGUGUCGAAAACUUGCUACUGGCGCUCGAAAUGGUGUUAUUAAAAUCUGGAAUAGUGCCAACGGCCAAAGUCUUCAUAUAUUGCCAAGCGUCGAAGAUGCUGAAAUCACAGGCAUACUAUUUGCUGACAAAGACAUCAUUACAGUUGGUUGGUCAAGAAAAAUCGUAAAAUAUCCGCAUUUUGUCUCCGACGAAAAAAUUGAUGAUCAGACCGAUACUAUCGAGGUUGUGCUACCAAAGGCUGAUCUAUCAUGGCGUGGUUCGCAAAUACAUCGUGAUGAUAUCUUGUGUUUGGAACAUUUAUUGCCGAUUAGUAAUCUUAUGUGUACAGCGUCAUAUGAUGGAGAAAUCAAUGUGUGGAGUACAGAUACAGAAAAACUGACUAUAUGCUUGCGAAAAGCACCAACAGGAGAACUUCGUCGAGAACCAUCAAAUUAUCGUCGAUCAUCAUCACGUCGUUCCAACAGACAAGGACCUGUACCAGUUGAUAAACUUCUAUUCCUUCGACAUCGUGCAAAAGAAAAUAUGAGACUAGGUACAUUGAUAUCGAGUGAAGCUGGCGACCUUCAUUGUUGGUCGCUGUACAGCGAACGAAAGGACAUGGGAAUUUUUUAUGGUGCAUCGAAACCAGGUGAAUCCAUCUUAGCUAUGGCUAGUGAUGCGACAAAUCGAUAUUUGAUUUGUGGUGAUACACUCGGUGAAUUGCGUAUUUGGAAUAUAGAAGAUUACUGUUGUACUUUGACAGCACCGAUUCCAUUCGAAUCGAAAGCACCACCGCUCGUCCAUUCUUGGCGAGCACAUGAAACACCCAUUAUCUUUUGCGAAUGGACAGAUUAUAAAGGACAAGGAGAUUUUAUCAUAACUGCAUCGACCGAUCAUACAGCACGAUUGUGGACAAUGAAUGGAGAACAACUAGGAAUUUUCGGGCAGAAACAGUUGUGGGAUAUUGAAGGACUUUUUGUAUCAAAAGUAACUGACGAAGAUGAACAAAACGAAGGAGAAACUACCGAAACUUUGGAAAGCAAUCCAAAAGUCGAAACCAAACCCGCAACAAACAACGGAAAAACAGCUUUACAAAUUCCAGAGAUCACUAUCAGCAAAGACGAUAACGACAAUCGAACUUUACCUCCAAUAAACAAUCAAACACCUAAAUCACGUCGACCAUCAGAGAACGUGCUAUCUGCAUCAAAGACCUCAGCACUACAACAAUUAUCCGUCGGAUUGGGUAUCACGGUGGAAAGAGAAUUGAAUCAACAAAAAUUAACUCGACAAGAACGGCGUCAUCGUUUCAAAGAUAUUGAUAACCGUCAUUUAGUGAAGGGUGGUGUCUGUUUUACCCCAUUUGCUUUACUUUCCACUCAGGAUGUGGAUGAAGCAGCAGCAAAUACGAAUUAUCAAAUGAAACCUAUUGUUUUCGAUGAUUUCUAUAAACAUACAAAAGACGAUGGAAACCCCACAUCUUCAGUUUCAUCGAAAAAUCGACUUGUUUUGCCAUCGAUCACAACCCGUCAGCAAACGCCAACAUAA